AUGGAUAGAAAUGAGAUACUGGCAAAUUUCCAAGCUUGCACAGGAAUCGAAGAUAUCAGCCAAUGCAUCGCCCAUCUUGAACAAUGCGACUGGAAUAUGAAUGAAGCUGUCAAUGUGGCUUUGGCUGCUUCCUCCUCCCCAUCGCCCCAACAACCAGUGACUGAAGACUUCUCUUCUCAAAACUUCUUUACUGACUUUGGCAUUGUUUCUGAGCCCUCGACAAGCAAACCUCGAAUGAUACACUUCGAAGUGCGAUUGAAUGACACGACAAGGCAUGUUUCACUGGAUGAGUCAGCAAAUUUAGGAACGCUGCGAGACGUUGCAUCCAUGGAAUUACAAAUACCAAAAAACGAAGCAAGAUUUGAUGGCUGGCCGCAGUCAGGCACGGACAUAAUGUCCGAUAGCACAGCACUCGGCUCUCUCCAUCUGCCCCUAAAUGUGACUCUGACGGUUCGCAGUUCAGCAUUUCAUAACGGUGCUGCAUUCGGCCUCAGUGACAAGGUAACUGUCGGGACCUCUCAAGACUUUGCAGUGCCUUGCGCUGCUUUCAAAGACGAUUUUGACAAACUCAAAGAAACUUAUAUGUUAGAAAUCACGGAUAUACGGACUAAAAGUAUUUACAGCCUCAAUUUUCUCGGGUCCAAAACCUUUCAAGAUUUGACUUUUGAUGCCCACUCUCUCACCGGUAUCCCACCUAGCAAGCAAGUGUGGAAUACCUUAGCUUCAGAUAAAAGUCUUCUGACUCCUGACAGAACUCUGGGAAGUCUUGGACUUAAUUUACCAAAGCACAGGUGUUCCAUAACAGAGACGAAAGCGACAUCGACUACGUUUGUUGACCUGACAGCAGAUGAGGACAAUAUGGAGGUAUUGUUAGAUAUCGUGGAUGUGUUUACAGGUCUGUUCAAAGCAAAAGGCGCUAAUAAACGUCCUAUAGAAUUCAACAUUGCACUCUCGUAUCGUGCUAUCAUAAACUAUUCACUGAUAAUUAAUCAUCUAGGUGGAUGA